CGGCGGCGGCGGGGCCUGCGGGGCCUGCGGGGCCUGCGGGCGGGCGGGCCGGGCCCGGCCAGGCCGCGAUGGCGACCAGGAAGGCGGGCUCGCGGCUCGAGACGGAGAUCGAGCGCUGCCGCUCCGAGUGCCAGUGGGAGCGGAUCCCCGAGCUCGUCAAGCAGCUGUCGGCCAAGCUCAUCGCCAACGAUGACAUGGCUGAACUCCUCCUCGGGGAGUCGAAGCUGGAGCAGUACCUGAAGGAACACCCCCUGCGGCAGGGGGCCAGCCCCCGAGGCCCCAGGCCCCAGCUGACCGAGGUCCGCAAGCAUCUGACCGCCGCUCUGGACCGGGGAAACCUGAAGUCAGAGUUCCUACAAGAAUCCAAUCUGAUCAUGGCCAAGUUGAAUUAUGUGGAAGGAGAUUAUAAGGAGGCCCUCAACAUCUAUGCCCGGGUGGGCCUCGAUGAGCUGCCGCUGACCGCCGUGCCCCCUUACAGGCUGCGCAUGGUUGCGGAGGCCUACGCUACCAAAGGACUUUGUUUAGAGAAGUUGCCUGUUUCCUCUUCUACCAGUAACCUCCACGUGGACCGGGAGCAGGAUGUCAUCACCUGCUAUGAGAAAGCAGGCGACAUUGCACUCCUAUACCUCCAAGAGAUAGAAAGGGUAAUACUUACCAAUAUUCAAAACAGAAGCCCUAAGCCUGGCCCUGCUCCCCACGAUCAAGAACUAGGUUUUUUCCUAGAAACAGGACUUCAGAGAGCCCAUGUCCUCUAUUUCAAAAAUGGGAACUUGACAAGAGGAGUCGGGAGAUUUAGAGAGAUCCUCAGAGCGGUAGAAACAAGAACAACUCAAAACCUGCGAAUGACGAUAGCCAGGCAGUUGGCGGAGAUCUUGUUGCGGGGUAUGUGUGAACAGAGCUACUGGAACCCUCUGGAGGAUCCACCCUGCCAGUCACCUCUGGACGAUCCUCUCCGGAAAGGAGCAAACACAAAAACCUACACCCUCCCUCGGAAAGCCCGCGUCUACUCAGGAGAGAACAUUUUUUGUCCUCAAGAAAAUACUGAGGAAGCCCUCUUACUACUGCUGAUUAGUGAGUCGAUGGCCAACCGGGACGCUGUGCUGAGCCGGAUCCCCGAGCACAAGAGUGACCGCCUCAUCAGCCUGCAGAGCGCAUCUGUGGUCUACGAUUUACUGACCAUUGCCCUUGGAAGGAGGGGCCAGUAUGAGAUGCUGUCGGAGUGCUUGGAAAGAGCCAUGAAGUUUGCCUUUGAGGAGUUCCAGCUCUGGUACCAGUUUGCCCUGUCCCUCAUGGCCGCUGGAAAAUCUGCCCGUGCCGUGAAGGUGUUGAAAGAGUGUAUCCGUCUGAAGCCUGACGAUGCCACCAUCCCGCUCCUCGCCGCGAAGCUGUGCAUGGGCUCCCUUCACUGGUUGGAAGAGGCCGAGAAGUUUGCCAAAACCGUCGUCGAUGCGGGAGAGAAAACGUCAGAGUUCAAGGCCAAAGGCUACUUAGCUCUGGGGCUCACGUACAGUCUGCAGGCCACUGACGCUUCUUUGCGAGGGAUGCAGGAGGUCCUACAGAGAAAGGCGCUUCUUGCAUUUCAGAGGGCCCACAGUCUGUCGCCUACAGAUCACCAGGCAGCUUUCUACCUGGCGCUGCAGCUCGCCAUCUCCAGACAGAUACCAGAGGCUCUGGGGUACGUCCGCCAAGCUCUUCAACUUCAAGGCGACGAUGCCAACUCCUUGCACCUUCUCGCCCUCUUACUGUCUGCACAAAAGCAUUACCACGACGCUCUGAAUAUCAUUGACAUGGCCCUGAGUGAAUAUCCAGAAAAUUUUAUACUACUGUUUUCCAAAGUGAAGGUGGAGUCGCUGUGCCGGGGCCCAGACGAAGCGCUCCUCACGUGUAAGCACAUGCUGCAGAUAUGGAAAUCCUGCUACAACCUAACCAACCCCAGUGACUCUGGACGUGGGAGCAGCCUCUUAGAUAGAACCAUUGCUGACAGACGACAGCUUAACACAAUUACCUUGCCAGACUUCAGCGAUCCCGAGACAGGCAACUCUCCAGAAGUUCACUUUCAUGGUUUCCCCUCCCUUUUCUCAGUUAGCUCCGUCCACGCCACUUCAGUAGCAGCCUCGAGAGUGGAGCAGGCCUUGUCGGAAGUGGCCUCGUCUCUGCAGAGCAGCGCCCCCAAGCAGGGCCCGCUACACCCCUGGAUGACGCUGGCGCAGAUCUGGCUCCAUGCAGCCGAAGUCUACAUUGGCAUUGGGAAGCCUGCAGAAGCCACAGCCUGCACUCAGGAAGCCGCCAACCUCUUCCCCAUGUCCCACAACGUCCUGUACAUGCGUGGCCAGGUGGCCGAGCUCCGGGGAAACCUCGACGAAGCGCGGCGCUGGUAUGAAGAAGCCUUAUCCAUCAGUCCCACCCACGUGAAGAGCAUGCAGCGACUGGCCCUGAUCCUUCAUCAGCUGGGCCGCUACAGUCUGGCAGAGAAGAUCCUCCGCGACGCAGUGCAGGUGAACUCGACGGCCCACGAGGUCUGGAACGGGCUGGGCGAGGUCCUUCAGGCUCAGGGCAACGACGCGGCGGCCACCGAGUGCUUCCUGACGGCCCUGGAGCUGGAGGCCAGCAGCCCCGCCGUGCCCUUCACCAUCAUCCCCCGGGUGCUCUGAGCAGGCACCUGCCAGCCUCACUGCCCCUCAGGCCCGGGAGCCCCGAGGCCAUGGCCGGACGUGCGAUUGACCACAGCGAACUAACCAAACACCACGCCCCGAUCAUCGCUCUCUCCACCUGCAUUUCUGUUGUUGUUUUGGCCAGCCCAGUGAUAGUUCCCGAACCCACCGACAUUGUUCAAAAUGAAUUAUGUGCCAUAUUCUGUUAGCUGACAUCCGAGUUUUAAGUAAAACGAUAAUGGAAUUAAUGAGCAAAUGUAGAAGAAUAUAUUCAAAGUUGAAGUUCAGUGGCAGAGCAGAUUAUUUUUAUCAGAGCUGUAAAGAAAACCCUCCUCCCCAUCACCACGCCUCCCCCAACCUCGGCCGGGAAACCAAACGUGAAUUUUCUGGUUCCCACCUCAGUCCUAGUCGAAGCCAGGACACCAGCUGACAGUUUCUCGAUUUCGUUGUCAAUAACUGUACCAUGUGAUGAAUUCCUCUCCUCACUUAGAACAAAGCCUGAGUCCGAGAAUAUUUAUAUUUCACCGAUAUAUGCCUGUUACAAGAGAAGGGAAUAGGAGCUAUUUAAGUUUAACUUUUUUAUGUGAAUUCAGAGUUUAUUUAUCGAUGGAAAUAUGUACAAAGAAGCUUCAAAUGGAAUAUUUACCGACAUUCCUUAUACAUGACAGACACUUGGCUAAAUGGGAAGAUGAUGUUAAUAAUAAAAUGAUUUUUAAAUGGA